UUUUUAUUGAGUUAUAUAUUGAAUUACACGCCAGAAACUAUUAUGUCUGAAGCGAUAACCAUGGAAAAUUUUUUACGUGAAUUGCCAAAGUGCGAACACCAUUGCCAUCUAGAAGGAACUUUGACUACAGAAUUGUUGUUCAAGUUGGCUAAGAAAAAUCAUAUUGAGCUACCUGAUGACUACCCAAAGACCCCAGAGGAAUUGAAUGAAAAGUAUAGAAAGGUAUACACUGAUUUGGAUGAAUUUUUAAAGUAUUAUUAUACUGGGAUGGAGGUUCUAAUCACCGAAACAGAUUUCUACCAACUUACUUGGGAAUUAUUUUUAAAAAUUAACACACAAGAUGUUCAACACAUUGAAAUCUUUUUUGAUCCUCAAGGUCACUUAUCAAGAAAUAUUGAGUUUGAUGUUUUUAUGUCAGGUAUGAGCAGAGCUUGUGAAAAAGCGUUUAACGAACUUGGGAUUUCAUCAAAAUUGAUUAUGUGUUUUUUGAGAGACUUUUCAAAAGAAGAUGCGUUUAGGGCAAUUGAGCUAUCACGACCAUAUUUUCAAAAUGAUUUGAUUCACGGAAUAGGAUUAGACUCUUCUUCUGAGUCAGAGUUUCCUCCAUAUUUGUUUAGAGAAUGCUACAAAGAAAUUAAAAAAUCGUUUCCAAAAGUUGGAUUAACUGCUCAUGGCGGUGAAGAGCUAGGACCCGAAUCUAUUAUUGACUGCAUUAGAUAUUUGAAGGUGACUAGAAUUGAUCAUGGUAUCAAUGCCUAUAAAAAUUUGGAUUUAUUGAAAAAGUUAUCAAAAGACAAAAUAAUGCUAACGAUUUGCCCUAUCUCUGAAUUUAAAGUGCAAGAUAUCACUGAUUAUCGGCAAUUGCAUUUGGAAAAGUACCUUCAAUACAAUGUGCCAUUUAGUAUCAAUUCAGAUGAUCCUGUUUAUUUUGAUGGGUAUAUAUUGGAAAACUAUGUUAAAAUUCAAGAAUCUUAUAACUGGGAUAUGGCGACGUGGUGCAAGAUUGCUAGAAAUUCAAUUAACUGUUCAUGGAUAUCAGACGAACGAAAAAAUGAGUUACUAGCUAAUGUUAAUAAAGUCUACAUCAAAUAUGAAAGCAUUGCUUCCGGAUCAAAAGAGAGGGAAUCAGUUACGGUUGCCUUUGUCAAAUUAAUGUUUUUUUGUCUUUUCUUGAUUUUCUUUUUUUACAAAUUCAUUUUGAAUCAAUAACUAAAUAAACCUAAAUCAUUCUUUCUUCAAGCUAUAUAGCCGUUUUUAUAAAGCUUAAAUACACAACGAUAUGCAAAUAAUUGCAUAUCAUUGCAUAUAUACGCAAUUCAUAACGUUGUUUACAACGCAUCUAUACGUAUAUGC